AUGUCUCCAACCUCAGUCCGCGAGGGUGGUCCAGACCUCAAAGGCCCCCUCGACUUCAAAGACAGCCCUCUAAGCAAAGUCUCGCGACAACCUCUCCUCCUAGGCCUCUUCCUGAACCUCCAAGACAUCAACUUCUCCACGCACCCAACGACAAACACAUGGACCUUUGACUACAAUAUCGCUCUCGUCAAGCGCGCCGAGCAACUCGGCUUCGAACUGGCCUUUAGCCGCACCCAAUGGCUCCCCAAAGGCGGCUACGACGGCGAGGCCUCACUGGACGCCUUUGUCGCCCUCGGCGCCAUGGCAGCUGUGACUGAGUCAAUUUUGCUCAUCUCUACUAUGCACGUCCUCUACGGACCACUUCACCCCUUGCAUAUUGCAAAGUACGGCGCCACGCUAGACCACAUCGCCAAGGGUCGUUGGGGCAUCAACGUGGUGACGGGUCAUCGGGCCGUCGAGCACGAGAUGUUUGGAAAGCAGCGCAUCGAACACGAUCAGAGGUACACAAUGGCCGGCGAGCUCUUUGACGUAGUCAACAGGCAAAGUGUCGCCAUGGCGUGGGUCACGCCCAAACCGCACUUUGGCCGCCCGAUCCUCGUCAACGCGACGGGCUCGCCUGCGGGCAUCGAAUUCGCCGCGCGGUACUCUGACCUCAUCUUCAUCACCUCGCCGGGGACGGCGCACAUUGAUAGCGCGCUUGAGACGCUGCCGGCUCACAUUGCCAACAUCAGAGCCGCUAUCGAGGCGCAGGGCCGCAGCGGGGUUAAGAUCAUCAACCCGAUCAUCGUCUCUCGGGAUGCGCCCGAGGAGGCGUGGGCGUAUGCGGAGAGCAUCGCCGAGGGUACCAAGAAGGUCCAGACCGAUGUCAAGAAGUUUGGGACGGCGAACAGCGCGUAUGAUAGUGAUGCCCAUGCCUGGCGGGGCAGGAAGGAUGCCAGAGAGAACAAGGGUCUGAAUCUGGGAGGCAACAUUGAGAUUAUCGGGUCGCCGGAGCAGGUCGUUGAACAGCUGGAUGCGUUGCACAAGGUUGGGAUCGAUGGUGUCCAAAUCAACUUUUACGAUUUCGCACCGGACUUAGAGUACUUUGGUGAGAAGAUAUUGCCGUUACUCAAGGAAGCUGGGCUACGGGUAGACUGA